AUGAAACAUUGGAAGGUCGUUUUGGCGACUGGGAGGCGUUUGAACAGCAGUUUGACGUCAGCAAGACUGGGAUCUGGCGAGUUAGGGGGUAAUCAAGACAGGGGAGCGAUCGUGAAGACGCUGUUCAGUAAGGAUUCGACCACAAUUACCUACAAAACAUCACCUGGCCCGUCGUUCCCGCAGGAGCACGCAAAUGGCUCAGUGACAGUGUCUUUCAGCAAUCUGUUUCUGCGAGACGCGUCACAAAGCGCAAGGUCCGUCGACGCGUCGUCUGGUCAAAAACUGUUUCGCACCGGCCAGCUGGUCGCGAACCCGUCAGCGACGGUUCCCCAGAGGGUCGAAAUUACCCCGGACAAGCAAGCGGUGCACAUCGAUUGGGGAGAUGGCGACACUUACGACUAUCCGCUUGCGUUUUUGAAGCAGUUCUCUGGCGGCCCCAUUGAGUCUCAAGGGCCCUCUCCUCUGCUUUGGGACCGAGCCUCGCUCAAAGAGAACAUUGGAAACCUGCUGUCGGUGAAUUACGCGUCAUUUGCGAGCAAAACCAGCUCAAAAGGGCUGUACCAAACGCUGGCCAAUUGUCGCAAAUUUGGCAUCUCGUUCAUCGCAGAUCUACCCCAGCAACGACCCGAAUUGCAGCUCAAAAAGGUCGUCGAGCCCAUAGGUCCCAUCAGACACACCUUUUACGGGGAAAUAUUCGACGUUAAAACAAAACCGGGCGCGGAAAACAUCGCUUACACAAACCAUGCGCUGGCACUGCACCAAGACCUACUCUACAUGGACAACGCACCUGGCUGGCAGAUCCUGCACGCCAUCAAAAACUCAUCCGACGGGAGUGAGGCUGGCAUGAAUUACUUUGCAGACGCUUUCAGUGCCGCCCGAUUCGUGCGCGACACCGAUGCAGAUGCGUACGAGGCUCUCACUCAGGUUCCCAUCAAUUAUCAUUACAAACGCAAUGACAAUCGCUACUACAACUCGCGGCCCCUGAUUGUGGAAAACGAAAUCAGCACUGACAAUCUGGUUUCGUCGAACUACGUCUCGCUGAUAAAAGAAGUCAAUUACUCCCCGAUGUUCCAGGCGCCCUUUACGUUUGGAAUCUGGGAUAAGCCCAAGGGCCAAGAACUCUCUACGCCAAGUGGUAAGCUCACGCAGCGACUUUUAUUCAAGGACUUUCUACGCGGACUGGCACUUUUCGAAAAGUUCAUCAACAUGCCAGAAAAUCAGUUCAGAUUGAAGCUACCUGAAAAUGCAUGUGUGAUCUUCAACAACAGGCGUUUACUCCAUGCUAGGACAGCAUUUUCCGGUGAAAGAUGGCUACGCGGUUGUUAUCUGGAUGACGACGCACUCAAGAGCAGAUUGGCAUAUUUAGAAGAGAGAGAUCAACAUCAUUGA